GCCCGAUAUACUCCUCCCUUCUCUCUGCAACAGCUCGUUCCCCCCUUAAAACCCUUGGCCAAACCCCCGCCCCAUCACUCCACUCUGCCUGUUUUUCCAUACGGUACAGUCUGAACACACGGGCACGGAAUGGAGAUGGAAAGGAGCCAGAGCAGCCUGUCAUCCACGGACUCCCCUCACGAUCCCUGCAAAAUGUUCAUAGGCGGUCUCAGCUGGCAGACGACACAAGAGGGAUUGAAAGAGUACUUUUGCAAGUAUGGCGAGGUGAAAGAGUGCAUGGUGAUGCGGGAUCCAGUUACUAAGCGCUCGAGGGGUUUUGGAUUUGUCACUUUUGUUGACCAGGCCGGUGUGGAUUCAGUUUCGGCAGUAACCAGGCAUGAGUUGGAUUCAAAAACAAUUGAUCCGAAAGUUGCGUUCCCGCGUAGAGCCCAGCCCAAGCUAGUGACUCGGACCAAGAAGAUCUUUGUUGGAGGUCUGUCCGUGAACACGACCAUCGAGGAUGUUAAGGCAUAUUUCGACCAGUUCGGAAAGGUUGACGAUGCCAUGCUCAUGUUUGACAAGACCACCAACAGACACAGAGGAUUUGGCUUUGUCACGUUUGAGAAUGAGGACGUGGUAGAUAAAGUGUGUGAGAUCCACUUCCAUGAGAUAAAUAACAAAAUGGUGGAGUGUAAGAAGGCUCAGCCCAAGGAAGUGAUGUCACCCAUGGGCUCGGCCAGGGGGCGCUCUCGGGUGAUGCCCUAUGGCAUGGACGCUUUCAUGCUGGGUAUCGGCAUGCUGGGCAGGGGGCAGCACUGUUUCACUCAAACACAGACCCAUGACUGUCCUUUCGCCAUAGGUUACCCAGGGUUCCAGGCAGCUACGUAUGCUAGUCGAAGUUACACUGGCAUCACCCCUGGAUAUACCUAUCAAUUCCCUGAAUUCCAUUUAGAGAGGACCCCCCUUCUGACAUCAUCCCACCCCCCUGAGCUCACAGCCAUUCCUCUGUCGGCAUACGGACCAAUGGCAGCAGCGGCAGCAGCAGUAGCUAGAGGCUCCACCCCCUCUCGUUCAGGAGGGUUCCUGGGAACCAGCAGCCCUGGCCCAAUGGCAGACUUGUAUGCAGCAGCCAAUCAGGAGUCUGCUGUCAGCAGCUAUCUCAGCGCUGCAAGCCCCUCCCCAAGCACUGGGUUUGGCCAUAGUCUGGGGGUAAGACACAGCCCUUAUCACGUAGGGCCCUCUGAUUGCUACGGCUUUCACUAACGGCUACCACUGAGAGAGUCUGUGAUCUGAGAGAUGGAAGGAGUUGAAGCUGUUUUGAGCUGAUCCGACUCUCUAUGGUUACUCCUCUCUGGCUGUGUGACCCUGCAGUUUGGACCCUGACCCUUGACCCCCGAUGUCCCCGCCCCUCCUCCCACUGAGGAUCUCUCUUCUUCAGACUUCCUGUGUUCUGUCUUAACAUCACCUCCUGUCUAACAUGUUACUGUAGUUAGCAGAAAGGAACAACAACCUUUAAAAUGUUUCUGCUUGUAUUAGAAAGAUGCAGAUAAUUCUAGCUACUUUUUUCUUUUGUUUUAUUUCACUUAAAUGUUUUGUGAAAAUUGUAAUGUAAUCUCAUAUGUCUUGAUUCUUUGUUUAGUUUUUGGGAAAUAUUUUGUCAGAAGGUGUUUUAUUGAGAGGCGGAGAGGGAGAAAGAGUGAUCUCCAGGUACGAAAUAUGUGAAGGACUGGAACAAUAAUUUCUACUGAAUAAGUAUAUACUUGUCUUUUAGUUCAUACUGAAUUUUAACAGAAAAUGUCUGAUUAAUGAAUUAAAUUUAAAAAACGUAUUACAAUGUUGAAAAUGUAUAUCUUGGUAGGUUUUUAACAAGCAUUUGUUAUACUAAUAAUGAUCAAAGUAACAAAAUUGAUAGUCAUGAGUCUAUUUCCAGUCAGAUUGAACCGUGUGAUGUCUGUUUUUGUAAAAUAUUGUAAAUAUAACUGUAUUUUGCAUUCUGCAAAAAAAUGAAGGGUGUUGGGAGGGCAGGGGAAAUGGUACGAUGGUAUUUGUUUUCAGCAGAUGGUUUUAUAGUUUCAUUGGAAACCCAGACUGGAAAUCCAGACUGUUCCAUAUCAUAGUAUAAUAGAGACGGGAGGUCAGUCAUCAUCACAGGUAUUGUCAGACACAAACUGUGUUUUUGUCAGUCAGUUUUAUCAUUCUCUUUCCACUGGACAACAUUCAUGACACUAACAUGAAGUUAUGAUAUAGUUUUAUGGGAGGGUUUAUGUGCUGGUUUAUUACUGAUGUAUUUGUUUGAUUCAUAAUAUUUCGUUGUCUUAGUUGUGAGCCUGGCCCAGGUCUGUCAGAGUGAAAGGGUUUUCUCCUAUACUGUGAAUUCACCCAGGAAUCCCUUUUAUCAGCACUGGGAGAGAGAAAGCUUGAGAUGUUACAUUGACGUGGGAGACGCGGGUGUUGGGAUACUCCUUUAAUAUGAGAAAAACUAGCUGUUUCUAUCCUCAUUACUUGGUACUGUGUUGUUUUCUUGUUGUUUUAGAAUGAUCAUUUUUAAUAUGUAAUGGUUGUAAAGGAAAAUGAAGGACAAGCAUGCAGAAACAGUCGUAAAACAGUUUCACAAUGGUACGAUUUUACGACUCAAUUCUUCUGCAGAUUGUGUUGAUGAGUGUGAGUGCGCGUUUGUGUGUGUGUGUGUGUGUGUGUGUGCAUUGUAUGGCUAUAUGUGGUCACACUUAUUGGCAUCAUGUGUGAAAUGUAUUGUCAGGGAAUGGAUACAUUGGUAGUAAAUGUGAAUGUAUUACUGCUAAUUUGGUUUGUUACUGAACUUCCUUGUCUCUUUCGGUGUGUGGAAGGGAUUUGUUCAUUUCUAAGUGAACACUAUCUCAGAGGUGGUCCUGAGGCUCUUCCAUGAUGAGAUUGUAUGUAUUUCUCAACCCCUCCUCCACACCAACAGAGACGCUACAUAUCUACUGGGUGACACAGACUGUAGCCAUGAAACUCAUAAGAAGCAAUAUACUUUUUUAAGAGAACGCAAUCGUUUUGUUCAGAAAUUUUACGUUGUUGCACUGGGAGGUCAAAAUAAAGUGUUUUAAUGUUAUGGUUAGUUUAAGAAAAAGAGGCACUGUCAAUUUCUAUCACAAAGUUGUAGAUUUUGAUAUUUUUCUAAGCCUGCUGGUUGCCACGGUGUUGCAGCCUUUGGAUUCUGUGUUUACUCUGGAAGGUAAUGUUCUUGUCAACACUGUAACCCUCUUUCAGUUAUUUUUCUUCCUGUUUUCUCGUUUUUUCUUUGGAAAAAAACUUUUAAAAAUUCCUAAUAAAUUAUUUUAAAACA